CAAAUGCAGCGGUGAAAGGGCAUCGAAAUUCGCAAGCAGCAAACGAAAUCCCACUUCCCCCAAAUUUCAAUCUUUCAAUUCAAUCCACCAUCACUCUCUCUGCGUUCUCUAGUUUCAACAAAAUUUGAAGAAGCAUGUCGCUGAUUCCAAGCAUUUUCGGUGGCCGACGAAGCAACAUCUUCGACCCCUUCUCGCUGGAUGUAUGGGAUCCGCUCGAUGGCUUCCCAUUUUCCAAUUCCACCGCAUUGGCCAAUGCCCCUUCCUCUGCUUCUGAAACCUCUGCUUUUGCCAACACUCGAAUCGACUGGAAGGAGACCCCACAAGCCCACAUCUUCAAGGCCGAUCUUCCAGGGAUCAAAAAGGAGGAAGUGAAAGUGGAGGUUGAAGAGGGAAGAGUUCUGCAGAUCAGUGGAGAGAGAAGCAAAGAGCAGGAGGAGAAGAACGACAAAUGGCACAGAAUCGAACGAAGCAGUGGAAAGUUCAUGAGGAGAUUCCGGCUGCCGGAGAAUGCCAAAGUUGAAGAGGUGAAGGCCAGCAUGGAGAAUGGAGUUCUCACUGUGACGGUGCCCAAAAUGGAAGAGAAGAAACCAGAAAUCAAGUCCAUUGACAUCUCUGGUUAGACAAUUUUGUUGUCUCCGCUCAUGUUUGGAUCAGUUGUUAUGUGUCAAUCAGAAUAAAUGGUCUCUCUGAAAAUGGGUUUUGUCUUGUUGGUGUCUUCUUCCAUGCGUCUGUAACUUUGAAAAGAUGAACAAAGGUUUGGGUUGUGUAUGAUAUUAUAUGAUGGAAUAGAAUAUAAUCUAAGAUGUGAGUUAUGUUUUCUCCUUCAA